CAGGCAGGCCCGCCUCUCGGGCCGCCCACCCUCGGCCGCCCAGCCCCCCCCCGCCCGCCCCUCGCCCUGGGGAUCGGGCGGCCCCCGGCGGGCUCUUCUGCUGAUGCUGGCCGCUGGAAAGGAGCACACGGUGCUGCUCAGGAGCGACGGCACCGCCGCGGCCUGCGGCUGGAAUGAAGAAAGUCAGUGCGACCUGCCAGCGCUGCCCGCGGGCCUGACCUACACGCAGGUCGCCGCUGGAAAGGAGCACACGGUGCUGCUCAGGAGCGACGGCGCCGCCGCGGCCUGCGGGUGCAAUGUUGAUGGUCGGUGCGACCUCCCAGCGCUGCCCGCGGGCCUGACCUACACGCAGGUCGCCGCUGGACGGAGUCACACGGUGCUGCUCAGGAGCGACGGCACCGCCGCGGCCUGCGGGUGCAAUGUUGAUGGUCGGUGCGACCUGCCAGCGCUGCCCGCGGGCCUGACCUACACGCAGGUCGCCGCUGGAGGGGAGCACACGGUGCUGCUCAGGAGCGACGGCGCCGCCGCGGCCUGCGGGUGCAAUGUUGAUGGUCAGUGCGACCUCCCAGCGCUGCCCGCGGGCGUGACCUACGCGCAGGUCGCUGCUGGAGGGAGUCACACGGUGCUGCUCAGGGGCGACGGCACCGCCGCGGCCUGCGGCGGGAAUGGUGCUGGUCAGUGCGACCUCCCAGCGCUGCCCGCGGGCCUGACCUACACGCAGGUCGCCGCUGGAGGGGAGCACACGGUGCUGCUCAGGAGCGACGGCGCCGCCGCGGCCUGCGGGUGCAAUGUUGAUGGUCAGUGCGACCUCCCAGCGCUGCCCGCGGGCCUGACCUACACGCAGGUCGCUGCUGGAGGGAGUCACACGGUGCUGCUCAGGGGCGACGGCACCGCCGCGGCCUGCGGCUGGAAUUGUGAUGGUCAGUGCGACCUCCCAGCGCUGCCCGCGGGCCUGACCUACACGCAGGUCGCCGCUGGAGGGGAGCACGCGGUGCUGCUCAGGAGCGACGGCGCCGCCGCGGCCUGCGGGUGCAAUGUUGAUGGUCAGUGCGACCUCCCAGCGCUGCCCGCGGGCCUGACCUACACAGCUCACCUACUUCCAGCGCUGCUCCUGCAGGCGUCGCUCGAUGGCGACUCGAUGGUUUUCGUGACCUUCGGCGGGGUGGAGCGCUGCAGAAUCAGGGACAUCUACCUCCAGCUCGCGGCCGAGCACCGCGCGGGCAGGCUCGGCCAUGGAGCCUGGCGCGUCGAGGCCAUCCUGCCGGGGGGCCGCCAGCUCAGCAGCGCCGCGGCCGAGGAGACGGAGAGCGGCCCUCGGGAUAAGCAGUGCGCGCGCAGCCCGGCCGCCGCAGCUGGAGCGAGGGAGCGCGGCCAGCAGGGGGGAACG